AUGUCACUAUGUGUACCGGCUGAUGUCGACUUUAAUUUCCACGCUUUACCCGUCGAGCUGCAAAAUAUGGUAUACAAAAAGGCCGGAUUCAAUGAAAAGCUCUAUAUUCGAAGGGCGCAGAAGGUCUUUGCUGCUCGCUGGCCCGCGAACAGCAUCAUCGACACGCAGAUUCGUGUAGCCUACAUGACUGUAGACGACAACCCAUACGAAGUAGUAGUGAUGGCAAUAGAGUUCCGAGAACCUUCGACCAUUUUCGCCCCACUUCGUUUUGAAGUUACGAUCGACUAUGAACAUAGGCUGACAAUCAAGCAAGAAGCGCCUGACCUGACUCCGGAGCUCAACUAUGAGCUCGAAUUUGACUCAAAGGAGGAGCUCUUGGUUACCUUGAAUGCUCUAACGGAUCGAAUGAAGAUUUUCAAGCUGGAAAGCCAUCUUUGUGGAUCAAAUCGCGAGAUUUUGGAUGGACAUGAGGAAUUAUUGAAUAUCGAAAAGCUCCAAUUUCACAAAAUACUUAUGUACCCAGGCCUGCCUAUUACAAGGAACAAGGAAUUUCUAGAAAAUCCAGAAACUCAACACGUUGAGGUCGAGCUCACCAUCGCAUGCUGGCAAACGAUGGAUGCCCUCACGCAAUACUUCCAUCUGGUUCGUUACCGGAAUUUUGCCAAUUUCCAUUGGGUACCCGAGAUGACGAGCGAAACACGCGUUGCGCAUAACUUCAGAAAGCUGUUGAAGUUGGUUUUGGAGCACCCGCCGAAAUUGGGUGAGAAACGUAUUAUGCAAAUCGAAACCUGUAUUAUACCGCCGGCUUUCCUGAUGCAUGAUGAGACAUUUCUUCAUUCAAGAACAUCCUUCGAAAAAAUGAUGCCCGAUACGGAUUACUGUCUCACGAAAGAACCGAUGAUCUUUACAUACAAUUAUAAUCUGGUGGUGGUCGCCCACAACUACUCGAGCGCCUGGGAACUGUUUGAUGACUUCAGAAUUCAUAGUCUCAGGAACUGCGAUUAUAGAAUGUGGUCUCCUGGGGUCAGCGGAAUAGCCCUCACCUUCUCCGGCGCGACACUUUUAAUCUCACUUUUCGCUGCGUUUUCCAUCUACAGUGAUGUCACAUCACUCUGGAGGGAACUCGAUUCUGAUAUCCAGAAUUUCCGAAGCUUGACCGAUGAUCUUUGGACCGACAUGGUGACGCUUGGAGCCGGAGGACCAGCAAACCGUGUUAGGCGUCAAGCCUACGGUGGCUACGGAGCUGCAGGAAAUACCGAUGGACCAACUGGAACAUUCCCCGGUGCUCCAGCUGGCGUCAACUCAUUUUCUCCACCUCCCCAAUCUUGCCAGUGCACCACCGAAAAUCACUGCCCUCCAGGACCAAAUGGACAGGUCGGAGAUCAGGGCCCGGAUGGUUUGGACGGAAUUCCCGGUCAAGACGGUAAGGACGGCCAAGAUGCUUCUGAUCGCCAGAAUACUCCGGCUACCGGAUGCUUCCACUGCCCACCUGGCCCUCCCGGAGACCAAGGAACCAGCGGUCGCCCUGGUAUGCGUGGUAUGCGUGGAGCCCGAGGCCAAGGAGGACACCCAGGACGCGACGGAGCCCCAGGAGUGCCUGGCGAGAUGGGUCCACCUGGACCUCCUGGAGAAGAUGGAAAGCCUGGCGAGCCUGGACUCCGUGGAGUUGAUGCCGAGAAGCCGGUUGGACGCAAAGGACCCCGUGGACCACCUGGUGAGGCUGGUAUCGAAGGCCCCAUUGGACCCCAAGGCCGUCAUGCUCGCCCUGGCCGUUCUGGAUCGAAGGGAGAGGAAGGAUCGCCUGGAUUCCAGGGAGCUGCUGGAGCUGACGGCGAGGAAGGACUGCCUGGCCAGGCUGGCCUCCAAGGAAAAGAUGCCGAAUACUGUAAAUGCCCAGCAAGGGAAACCCUCGAGGCUGCCGCCUCCGGAAGCGGACGCACCGGAUACCGUCGUCAUCGCCGUGUA